AUGUUUCCCUGGAGUCGAAGAGGAUCUGCAAGUCAAGCAGCAGGAGGCGAUGGUCUGCAUCACCAUCAGCAAGACCAUGACAGGACAUACAUCAACAACAAGUACGACGAAGAUGAUAUCCUUGGAGCUAUGAAGGAGAUCCAUUACAACAAUAACCACUCCCGUCGACUGAGCAACAACGUAUCCUCCUUCCACCCUACCAACGCGUCACGGUACAACACCAGCAAUAGCCAAAGCAAUAGCAACGGGCAAGCAGGGAACGAGCAUGGCCAGAGCAGGAGUAAUCGGAGUAGUCAACGGUACUCGCACCUGCAGAACAGUAACAGUAACUAUGGUCGCUACGGGCACCAGCAGCACGAUUCGGUGCAGUCGAUGCAGCAGUUCUAUCAUUUGCAUGAGUACCGGAGGAGCGAGGAUCAUAGCUCGAUUCAGUAUUACUCGACGGGGGAGUACCAUCUGGAUCUGACGGCUACUUCGGGAGAAGGGUAUCAUGGAUAUAUGCAGAGUCCUCGUACCCUGGAUCGAGACUGGGAACGCAAGGUGGUUGUGAACCGGACAUCGACGGAUGAUCUGAUGGAUGAGAGUGAAGGCCAGUGCAGUCCACCUCCCCCCUCUCGUUCUGUUACCGGAGCAGCCUCGACUUCUCUUACAACUACAACAGCGAUGCCAGGAACAGGAACAAGUGCAUCCCCCACGCAACAGCAACAGCGCACGCGCUUCCACAGGAGCUUUGGAGUCCCCAACGACGAGCACCGCUACUACUUCCCCGACUUCUACUGUCGCUACCUCCAACACACUGUCGUCACCUUCCUCUUCAACAUCUUCACCAUCGACACUGAACAACCGUCAUAG